CAUUCAGUACAAAAUUUUAAAUAUCGGUUAGACCAGUAAACCUGCAGCGACAUGAACAGGCGAGGUAUAGGCAUGCUGAAAACGCUCAAGAGCACCUGUCGCACAUUUCCAUGUCGUUUCGCUACCAAAGUUUCGAAAAUUGGCAGCGGGACUGGCAUCGGGAGAAUCCCCAGCGGAGUGCGAGGGAAAGAUGGCCUCAGCAGGGUUAAUAUGCCGUCGAUCGUUACGCACCUUCCUCGACUAAAAGAACCACUGCCAAACGUGCCGGAGGUUGAAUACGCAGCCCCAAUGGCUGAGAGUGCCGCCACAAGGGUAACGACCCUUGAGAAUGGACUGCGCAUUGCCUCGGAGCCGCGCUGCGGACAAUUCUGUACUGUCGGCCUGGUUAUAAACUCGGGCCCACGCUAUGAGGCGGCCUACCCCGGCGGUGUAUCGCAUUUUCUCGAAAAGCUAGCCUUCAACUCCACAGCUAACUUUCCCAACAGAGAUGCCAUACGGAAAGAGCUGGAGGAGAACGGGGGCAUCUGCGACUGUCAGACCUCGCGCGACACUCUCAUCUAUGCCGCCAGCAUCGACAGCAGGGCCAUUGACUCGGCUACGCGUCUCUUGGCGGACGUCGCUCUGCGACCCACGAUAAGCGAGCAGGAGGUGAAUCUAGCAGCGCGUGCCGUCAACUUCGAGCUGGAGACGCUGUGCAUGCGCCCCGAUCAGGAACCGAUACUGAUGGACAUGAUACACGCGGCUGCCUACGGGGACAAUACGCUAGGCCUGCCGAAGCUCUGCCCUCCAGAGACUCUGGAAAGCAUAGAUAGGGCUGUGCUAAUGAAGUACCUGAAGCAUCAUCACUCUCCCAGCCGCAUGGUUUUCGCAGGCGUUGGUGUGGAUCACGACGAACUGGUGGAGCUCGUGAGGAAGUACUUUGUGGAAGAAAAACCCAUCUGGGAGAGCGAGCCAGAAAGCAGCGUAGGACCUAAGCAGGUGGACACUUCCAUCGCCCACUACACUGGCGGUAUUGUGAAGGAGCAAUGCGAGAUUCCCUUUUACGCGGCCGCUGCUCUGCCGGAGCUGGCCCAUGUCGUCCUUGGCUUUGAGGGAUGCGCUCACCAGGAUCCAGACUAUGUGCCCCUAUGCGUGCUCAACAUAAUGAUGGGCGGCGGGGGCUCCUUCUCCAGGGGCUCCGGCGGUCACGGCAAGGGAAUGAACUCGCGCCUCUACACAAAGGUCCUAAAUCGCUACGACUGGGUGCACAGUGCCACGGCACACAAUCAUGCCUAUACCGACAGCGGCUUGUUCUGCAUACACGGCAGUGCGCCGCCGCAACACUUGAACGACAUGGUCGAGGUGAUAGUCCGCGAGCUGUUGAGCAUGGCAGCCGAGCCGGGACGCGAGGACUUAAUGCGCUCGAAAAUACAGCUGCAAUCGAUGCUACUGAUGAACCUGGAAUCGCGAGCUGUAGUGUUCGAGGAUGUCGGGCGCCAGGUGCUCGCGUCGGGGCAUCGCAAGCGGCCAGAGCAUUUCAUUGAGGAGAUAGAGAAAGUGUCCGCCGCAGAUAUACAACGCGUGGCCACACGACUGCUUAGCUCCCCGCCAUCACUGGCAGCACGCGGAGACAUCACCGGCCUGCCCGAAAUGGGCCAAGUCACCUCCGCCCUUGCUGGUGCUGGGCGCACCGGUCUCGGGCGACGAUUGUCCCCCUUCAGUUCAGACCAGCAUUUCUGCAAAUCUACCAAAUCGAACGAAUCAGAGGGAUUGUGCCUCACAGACAAGAAUGUGGUUUUCGUGGCCGGUCUGGGAGGAAUUGGCAUGGACACCAGCCGGGAGUUGGUUAAGCGUGACCUCAAGAACCUGGUCAUCUUGGAUCGCAUUGAAAAUCCGGAGGCCAUUUGCGAACUGAAGGAACUCAAUCCGAAGGUGAAGGUCAGCUUCUAUCCCUACGAUGUGACUGUGCCUCUCAAGGAGACGACCAAGCUCCUGAAGACCGUCUUUGCAAAGAUAAAGACUGUCGAUGUGCUGAUCAACGGUGCUGGCAUCCUGGACGAUCAUCAGAUCGAGCGCACCGUUGCCGUUAACUAUACGGGCCUGGUCAACACCACCACUGCCAUUAUGGAGUUCUGGGACAAGCGCGAGUGCGGCCCUGGCGGCAUCAUUUGCAACAUUGGCUCCGUCACCGGUUUCAAUGCCAUCUACCAGGUGCCCGUUUACUCCGGCACCAAGGCGGGGGUGGUUAACUUUACCUCCUCCCUGGCAAAAUUGGCCCCCAUUACUGGUGUCACUGCUUACACUGUCAAUCCUGGCAUCACUAAGACCACUCUUGUCAAUAAGUUCAACUCGUGGCUGGAUGUGGAGCCCGAGGUGGCGAAGAAGCUGCUGGGGCCUCCCAACCAGACCUCUCAGCAGUGUGCCGCGAACUUUGUGAAGGCCAUUGAGCUGAACCAGAAUGGUGCCAUCUGGAAGUUGGAUUUGGGCACUUUGGAGCCCAUCAAAUGGACCAAGCACUGGGACUCUGGCAUCUAAACCACUCUCUAAACUACACACACUCUCUAAACACUACCACAUGAUAAGGCUGAUUUGAUUAUCUUUUCUGGAACCCCGCUCGAAAUAUCAUAAUAUUACAAAAUUAUAUUCGGCAAAAAUUUCAA